UUCAAUCUCAAAUUCCUCACCCAAAUAUAUUUCCCUCUUUCCCAAAUUCAAAAAUAAAAAUAAAAAUAAAAUAAAAUAUAACAAACUUACUUGCUAUUUCUCAUAAAAAGACCAAAACUAGACGCAAAUAAUUUCAGCUAAAAUUCAUAACAACCACUCACUCACCCACCCAAAGUUCCAAACCCUCACUUCUCUAAAGAAUAAAAAAUCCAGAAUAUUAUUAUAUUCCUCCAUUCCCAAAAAGAAAAAAACCCUUUUUCAUCCAUAACCUUUCUCAAUCACAUUCCCAAACCCAACAAACGAAAAAUGGGAAUGCUAUUGUUACACCAAGAUUGGUUAGUUUUCCCAUUUUUCUUCUUCUUCCUUGCAAUUUACCUAAUCGGUUACUCCAUUAUCUUCCGUAACAAAAACCCCAAAAUCCGAUCCGAAUUCUCCAGCUGUUUAAUCUCCCUCUUUCACGGCACACCCGCCGCAAUCUUCGGCGCCAUCUCCAUCUUCUCCGACCCCAACAGCGGCUUCGCAUCCCUCAACACCGCUUUCCAGAAAACCGUUCUUGAUUACAGCAUCGCUUACUUCGUAACCGAUCUAUUACACUACGUCGUUUUCUUCCCAAGCGACGUUCUCUUCAUCGCUCAUCAUUUAGCCACGCUUUUCGUUAUCGUCACGUGUCGUCACGUCGUUUCUCAUGGCUCUUUCUCCGUCGUCGUUUUGCUUGUUCUCGCUGAAGUCACCAGCGCGUGUCAGAAUACAUGGACGCUCACCGGUGCUUGCCGGAAGGAAAAUCGCUUCGCCGCUAGGGUUUACGAUGUUCUGUCCCCGCCGUUUUACGUGGUGUAUUCUAUUGUGAGGGGCUUUGUGGGCCCAUACUUUGUGUUUAAAAUGGUGGUUUUCUAUGCCAGUGGGCUUGCGUAUGGGCUUGUUCCUACGUGGAUUUGGGUUUCUUGGGCUGUCGUGGUUUUUUCAGCUAUUGGUGUUAGUAUUUUGUGGGUAUACACUCGUUGGGUUGAACUCAUUAGUGAAAGAAGAACUGGUGCAAAAUUAGAGGAAAAAAUUAGAUAGGCUUUGUUUUUUAUUUUGUAUUUGUAACCAUUUAUAGUUAGCAUUGAUAAUUUUUUCCCUGUACUGUUGUAACCAUUGAUAGUUAACAUUGUUCAUUGCUUCCACAUAAGAAUUGAUAUGGUUUUGUUGGAAAGUAAAUGUCAUGUGUUGCUGAGUUUUUAACACAA